CUCUCACGUGGUAUAGAUUUAUUUAAGGAUUUGAAGGGGAGGGGUUUUCUUGCAAUCCUCGCAAUUGACUGGUUACCUCUGUCGCCUGUAAGGGCGCACGGGCGCUUGGAUUGGACGAGGUGGGCCGUUCUGCAUGUGUUUUACGUUCAUAGAAGGGCAGGGUAGGCAGAAGGUGAUCAAUCUCCAUCGGUCAACAUUGGCAAUCACCUUACCACAGUGCAAGACGCACAAGAUAAUGCGAUUGAUUUGAUUUUUAUAAUAUUUUUUCCAAUUGUGACAUUUUCCUCUGAAACACACAACUGGGGUUCAAAUUGGAAAACUGCGUUGGUUGAUGUAAACUCCUUAUUUACAGUUUGCGUAUUUCUCAUCCAUUUGUGUGCGCAGCUUCUUAUGUUUGUCUCGCUUUCAAGAACAUUUCCUCCAUGUGGAUAUUCUUGAUGUACGGUAUCUUCUUGGUUUGACUACAAAUAAAGCAAAUAAGAAAACAGGAUCCCAAACGCAAGGAUUUCAUCAAGGGACUGCAACAUCGGGGGAAACGAACAUUUCCGCACGGACUUUGGUUUCCCCGUUUCCGUUUCUAGCAUGAUGUCAUACCUCAAACAGGCCCCGUACGGCAUGAACGGAAUGGGGCUCAGCGGUACGGCCAUGGACCUACUGCACCCAUCAGUGGGGUAUCCAGCGCAUCCGAGGAAACAGCGGAGAGAGAGGACAACUUUUACUCGCACUCAGCUGGACAUUCUGGAGUCCCUUUUCGGCAAGACGCGCUACCCAGACAUUUUCAUGCGGGAAGAAGUCGCACUGAAAAUCAAUUUGCCUGAGUCUAGAGUCCAAGUAUGGUUCAAGAACAGGAGAGCCAAGUGCCGUCAGCAGGCCCAGAGUGGAAACAAUGCUAAAGUCCGGCCUGCCAAGAAGAAGUCCUCUCCAACCAGGGAGAGCACAGGCUCAGAGAGCAGUGGUCAGUUCACCCCUCCGGCAGUGUCCAGCACCGGCUCCUCUUCCUCUUCCUCUGCCUCGUCCGGUGGCUCUCAUCCCUCCGGCCAUGGAGGCCAAGGCCUGAGCAGCACUUCUACCUCCGUCACUGCCCCAGUGUCCUCUAUCUGGAGCCCUGCGCCCAUCUCCCCGGCCCCCGCACCACCCCCUGUCCCCGACCCCGCCCCCCCAACCAGUGCCUCCUGCAUGCAGAGGUCUGUGUCAGGUACUGGAGGCACGUCCUCCUACCCGGUGUCCUACAGCCAGACAGCGGCGUCCUAUGGGCAGGGCUACCCCGCCCCGGCGUCAACGGGCUCCUACUUCGGAGGGGUGGAAUGCAGCUCGUACCUGGCCCCCAUGCACUCUCACCACCACCCCCACCAUCCGCACCAGCUCAGCCCCAUGACGGGCUCCUCCAUGUCUGGCCACCCGCACCACCAUAUAGGGCAGACCUCAGGGCACCACCACCAUCACCACCCCCACCACCACCAGGCCUACAGCGGGGCCGGCCUGGCCUUCAACUCCUCAGACUGUCUGGAUUACAAAGAACAAACGGCCGCGGCCGCAGCCUCUUCAUGGAAGCUCAACUUCAACACCACUGACUGCUUGGACUACAAAGACCAGGCCUCCUCUUGGCGGUUCCAAGUCUUGUGACUUUUUUUCCCCCUUUCAAAUAAGUAUUUUUGUUUAGUUUUUUUGUUGAAGAGCUAUUUUCUUCAAAGCAUUAAGAAGUUAACUAAUAGUAGAGACAAUUAUCAAGCCUUUUUUAAGUUAAUGAUUGGAAAAUUCAAGUAACGCACAGAUGAAAAAGCCUGUCCAGGUGGCUUCUUCUUUGACCAUUUUAUGAAUCAACAAGCUUGAAUUGGAUCCACUUACCCAUACUUUGGGACAUCAAGGAAUAUUUUUCUACACAUGAACUCUGAAAACUGCCCUCCAACAAGUUCAAAGUAUGUAGUUUAUCCCUUUGAGUUAGAAUAGUUUUUUUUCAGGAUGGAGCAAGAGCUCUGUGUUAUGGAUUUGCCAUAAAUAUUCCCAAGAACGAGCAAUUGAGGGCGAAACUUUGUCACAAAAUUUGUUUUAUGGAAAAAUAUGAUAUUUUAUGCUCAUGUAUUUGAUAUAGGCCUACCCAUUAGAGACCAUUUAAAAUGAGAAAUUAAGAUGCUGCUAUUGUUUUCAGUUUGCUGAUAUUCAAUGUUAUGUUAAUUCCAACUUGAAUAUUGUUCAUUGUCCGGACUGUAGUGUUGUAUUUUGGAAGUUUAAUUGCAGCACUUGUUUAUAAGGUCAAAGAUUUUGCUAUUGUUCUUUACGAAGAAAAUGUGAAUUAGACACGCAAUGUCAGUAUUCCAAUGAAAUAAAAAAUGUACAUUCGUGUCUUUAUAAUAAAGAUUAGUUAAAAACAUG